CUGACAGCAGAGUUCACUGCAGGCAGACGGACCAUCCCUGGGUUGCCAGCAGACAGUCAAUGCGCUCUCCCGGCUGGAUAAUAAACUCCCCUAGCUGACAUCAGAUCCUCGACCUCAAACACCAUGAUUUUACUGACAAUGAUCGCUCGUGUGGUGGACGGACUUCCGCUCGUUGAGUUCACACAGGAGGAUGAACAGUCGGAAAGAGACCUCCAGCAGUACCAGAGCCAGGCCAAGCAGCUGUGUCGUAAACUGGACACUCAGAGUCCAGAUCGCUGUACCCUCAAGGCCGGAGACAUGGACUUUCAUCUUUUAAUAGCCCAGGGUGUGUGUUACCUUACCCUCUGCGAGGCUUCUUUUCCCAAAAAGAUGGCUUUUGAAUACCUCGAAGACCUCCGCAAAAAGUUUUAUGACCAGUAUGGAGAAGAAGUACCCACAGUAACCAGGCCCUACUCUUUCACAGAGUUUGGCACACGUGUCCAAAAAGAGAAGAAGCCAGCUGUGUCAAGCACACUCCGGAGGACCUUGGCAAAUACUAAAAAAGAACUGGAUGAUAUUCAGAAAAUAAUGGCGGCAAAUAUUGAUGAAGUCCUGCAGAGAGACUCUCUCUGUGACCAAAAAGUCAGCAACCUGAGCAGCUACACGAAAGAGUACCGCAGUAAUACCAAAGAUGUCAACACCUCCCCCGGCUAUGCUAAGGCUGUAGCUGUGGCUGUGUUCAUCACACUCCUCAUCUACAUGCGUUUCUGGUGGCCCUGAUAGACGCUCGGACAAGGACUUCUCCUCGACCGGCACCUAAACUCAUUUUACAUUGUGUGCCAUAUACAGCCCACUUUGAUGUGAAGUGAGCCGGACCAGUGAUAAAUGUAUAAAGUUACAGAACAGCUUCCUUUUUAGCCAACUUGCUUCACACUGGCUGCCCCUCAUAAACAGGUUGGUGGAGCUUCUGUCAGCGUUUCAGCACUGAUGGAGAGUCCAUGUAAGCAUGUCAAGUGGUUAGAGUUUUAAAACUGUGAUGAAAUGAAUGUUUGUAUUCAAAGUUUAAACAAGUGUGAGAAAGUGCUAUUAAAAAUGUUAAAUAUUUA